AUGCUUGUAAAAUCAUUUGCCGCAGUCAUAUUGAAGAGUCGGACGGUUAAUUUGUUACGGAAGCCCACCGCAACUAUGUCGUCAGUUCCAUUGAGCCUAGACAUCUUAUCAAAGUUCCGUAGCGACUUCUACUCCGAUCCUAAAAAUGAACUUGCACAGAAUGUAUGCACAAGGUUUGAUCCGUUCGAGGUUGCAAUCAGCAGAAAGAAGACUGAAACCACCUUACAUGUCUAUAAUAUCAAAAUUGAUUCUGAAGCCAAGCCGGUGACAAACCAGGAGAACUCUGGCCGUUGCUGGCUGUUUGCUGCCCUCAAUGUGAUGCGUCUGCCUUUCAUGAAGAAGUAUGGCAUUGAGGAGUUUGAAUUCUCACAGAGCUACCUCUUCUUCUGGGACAAGAUCGAGCGCGCCCACUACUGGCUGAAUAACAUCGUCGCCACCGCCAAGCAGGGAGAGCAACUCGAAGGAAGACUUGUGAACUUCCUCUUGAAGGACCCAAUCAACGAUGGCGGUCAGUGGGACAUGAUAGUGAAUUUGGUCAACAAAUAUGGCCUCAUCCCGAAGAAGUGCUUCGCUGAGUCGUUCAGCUCUCGUCGCAGCUUGCAUAUGAACGCUCUUAUCAAGACUAAGCUCCGUGAAUACGCCAAGGAACUCCGCGACAAGGUGGCAGCGAACGCGUCUGAUGACGACAUCCAGUGCACCAUACAGCAGCAGAUGGCAGUCAUCUACAACAUCGUCGCUACUUGCUUAGGCACCCCUCCAGAAAAGUUCAACUACGAGUACUAUAACAAGGAGAAGGCGUACAACAGCUUCGGUUUGCUCACCCCGCAGGAGUUCUAUGAGAAACAUGUCCGCCCACUCUUCGAUGUCAACAAUAAGGUAUGCCUAGUAUCGGACCCCCGACAAUCGAACCCGUUCGGUCAGCUGUACACGCUGCACUGCCUCGGCAACAUCGUCGGAGGACGACAGACUGCCUACAACAACCAGCCCAUCGAGACGCUGAUGACUGCCGUGAAGGACAGCAUUGCUGGAGGAGAAGCGGUCUGGUUCGGCUGCGAAGUCUCCAAGAGAUUUGAACGGAAGAACGGAUUUGAGGAUCUGGAUGCUCAGGAUUACCGCUUAGUGUUCAACACGGAGGUGCAGAUCGGUAUGAGCAAGGCGGACCGGCUCAUGUACGGGGACUCCUGGAUGACGCACGCCAUGGUCUUUACUGCCGUCGGAACUGAUGAGAAAGGCAAUCCGCUAAAGUUCCGCGUGGAGAACUCGUACAGCGACAAGGAGUACGACAAGGGGUACUUGCUGCUCACCGCGCCGUGGUUCAGGGAGUUCGUCUUCGAGGUGGUAGUCGACAAGAAAUACGUGCCGGAAGAAGUGUUGCAAGUAUUUAAACAGGAGCCGAAAGUGUUGCCAGCUUGGGACCCGAUGGGUACGCUCGCUUGCCCCUUCUGUUCCAAAGAAUAG